AGGCUAGAGAAUGCUGACGGGAGAGCCAUUUCCCUGAAGUGCAUCUUAUCAAGCCAGUUGCCGCUAUGGAUGAUCAGCAAGCCCUGAAUUCAAUCAUGCAAGACCUGGCUGUCCUACACAAGGCCAGCAGACCGUCCGUGGCCCUACAGGAAACCAAAAAAACUAAGGCCUCCUCGCCCAAGAAGCAGAACGAUGUCAGAGUCAAAUUUGAACAUCGGGGCGAGAAAAGAAUCCUUCAGUUUCCCAGACCAGUUAAACUGGAAGAGCUGAGUUCUAAGGCCAGAGUUGCUUUUGGACAGUCUAUGGAUCUACAUUAUACUAAUAAUGAGCUGGUGAUUCCAUUAAGCACGCAAGACGAUCUGGACAAGGCCGUCGAACUGUUAGAUCGCAGUAUUCAUAUGAAGAGUCUGAAGAUACUACUUGUAAUCAAUGGCAAGACACAGGCAUCCAACUUGGAACCCCUUCCCUCCCUGGAAGAUUUGGAUAACACAGUAUUUGAAGUGACUGAGAGAAAAAAGCAGCUUCCUGUAAUAGGGCCCACUACUAGAGAUCGAAGCUCCCCUCCUCCCGGCUACAUCCCAGACGAACUGCACCAAGUUGCCCGAAAUGGGUCCUUCACCAGUAUCACCAGCGAAGGAGAGUUCAUUCCGGAAAGUAUGGACCAAAUGUUGGAUCCGCUGUCUUUGAGCAGUCCUGAAAAUUCCGGCUCCGGGAGCUGCCCUUCCCUCGACAGCCCGUUGGAUGGAGACAGCUAUCCCAAGUCGCGAAUGCCGAGGGCCCAGAGCUAUCCAGAUAAUCACCAGGAAUUCUCAGACUACGAUAUCCCAAUCUUUGAGAAAUUUGGAAAAGGGGGCACUUACCCAAGAAGAUACCACAUUUCCUAUCACCACCAAGACUAUAGUGAUGGCCGGAAGACAUUUCCGCGGGCCAGGAGGACCCAAGGGACCAGCUUCCGGUCCCCGGUGAGCUUCAGCCCGACCGAGCGCUCGCUGAGCACCAGCAGCGGGAGCAGCAUCUUCACCGCGGAGUACGAGGAAAACCGGACCAGGAGGCGGGGCAGCGACAUCGACACCCCCGCUCUGACCGUGAUGGACAUCAGCCCCCCCCAGAGGUCACCGAGAGCGCCCACCAACUGGAGAUUGGGCAAGCUUCUGGGGCAAGGAGCUUUUGGCCGAGUAUACCUGUGUUACGACGUGGAUACUGGAAGAGAACUGGCCGUCAAACAAGUUCAGUUUGACCCCGAUAGCCCAGAGACAAGCAAGGAAGUAAAUGCCCUCGAGUGCGAGAUCCAGUUGCUGAAGAACUUGCUGCAUGAGCGAAUCGUUCAGUAUUAUGGCUGCUUGAGGGACCCCCAGGAAAGGACCCUUUCCAUAUUUAUGGAAUAUAUGCCUGGGGGUUCCAUUAAGGAUCAGUUGAAAGCGUACGGGGCUCUCACCGAGAACGUGACUAGGAAAUAUACCCGCCAAAUUCUGGAGGGUGUCUACUAUUUGCACAGUAAUAUGAUUGUACAUAGAGAUGUUAAAGGAGCAAAUAUCCUGCGGGACUCAGCGGGCAAUGUGAAACUGGGAGACUUCGGCGCCAGCAAGCGGCUUCAGACCAUCUGUCUGUCUGGAACGGGAAUGAAGUCCGUCACGGGGACCCCGUACUGGAUGAGCCCCGAAGUCAUCAGUGGAGAAGGGUAUGGCCGGAAAGCCGACAUCUGGAGCGUAGGUUGCACUGUGGUAGAAAUGCUAACUGAGAAACCCCCCUGGGCCGAGUUUGAGGCGAUGGCUGCCAUCUUUAAGAUCGCCACUCAGCCCACCAACCCAAAGCUGCCGCCCCACGUCUCGGACCACACUCGAGAUUUCCUCCAGCGGAUUUUUGUGGAGGUCAAGCUGAGGCCGUCGGCGGAUGAACUCUUAAGGCACACGUUUGUUCAUUACCAUUAGCAGCCGGCAAGCCUGCCUCGUGGCCUCCACCAAGCACGCGUCUACUGCGGCUAAGUUCUCUCUCGCGGCACUUUUUCUUGAGAGACAGACAGAGAGAGAGAGAGAGGGAGAGAGAAGACAAGAGGGAAAGUGUUUCUCUUGAUUUCAUGUAGAAUGUAAGGAAAAAAAAAAAACCCUAAAUUUUUGUAUAUGUAAAAAUCUCUUUUCCCCUACCAGGACUUGAAUUUUUAUGAUGUACUGAUGUGGUUAAAGAGAUGAAGCACUUUAGUACAUAGUCAUUCCUUAUUUAAAGAACAAAGAAAAAACGGUUUGCAAAGCUUCAGAGUCGAAUCGUCAGCUCAUUUGUGUUGCGAGGGGCGGGAGGGGGAUUGAAGAUAAAGAGACAAUUCCAUUUAAUUUGCAAUGGAGGGGGGUAGAUUCUGUUUGGAUGUAGAUUCUUCCUCCUGGGGUUGACACAACUCCUGAUGACUGGGGUGCUUUCAGGCCUAGUGUGUAGACUCAGUCACGAAGCAGUAACCCGAGGUCGUCUCUGGGCGUAUUUUCGUCCUAGCCCGCUCCUCUUCUGACUUGAACUGAAUCUAGCAGACUGGAUGAGUCUGUAGCAGGUGGUGUGGAAUUCCUCCGUCUCCUUUGGCUAUUUUCAGAGAACCAGCAAUAUCGAUGAAUUGAUUAGCGAUCCAUUUUCGAGGGAGUCCGCAAGUUUUGAAUGGGGGAAAAAAAUAUAUAUAUAUAUAUAUAUACACACAUAUAUAGCGAGAGAGAGAGAGAAGCAAGCAUUAGGCUAGUUUAAAGAUUGACUCAAAACAACUCCACCAAAGCCAUCUUAUCUGAGAAGCAAACUGAAAAGAAACGGACUUUCUCUAGAUGAUGCUGAAGAUCUGACUCAGAGAGACGUUCGGUGAUCGCUAUCAGGAGCGGCACAGGGAAAACAAUUCUGCCUCCGCCCGUUGGUCUCUAUCUUUUGUGUUUCAAAACCACUCCUGGCGAGCUCCCACAGAAGGGAGAGGGAGAGCGGCCCAUGACCACGCAGAGCGUGCGUCCCCCGUUUUCCUCUCCCCGGCUCCCGCUGUCCUGGACACGCACCCCGUGGGGUCCGGUGCCCCGAGGCGGAGAGGAGGGGUGCCUUGACAGGGAACGGAAACCCGGGCCCGAGAUCAAAUGACCCGGAGGCCCCGGGGAGGAGACGGCGGUGCGGUCUGGACAGAGGCUCGGCCGGCCUCCUAAAACAGCGCUUUCUGAGGGGGUUCUUUCCUAAAGGCAGCCUCAGAGGCGUCUCCGUGAAACCUGGCCUGGAAAAGCCACAGAGAAGAAGACGGUGGGCAGUGGCACUCCGGGAAGGCCGACCAGCGAAGGUCUCCCCCGUUGGUUCGAUACCGCCCGGCUGCGAGCAGCGGGGGGACGUGCCGGGGUCCUUGGCCAGCUGCGUUGGAGGCUGGAAGUCCGCAGGGGACCCCGAAAGGGAGAGGAGCGGAACAGAUUACAAGGGAGUGUUCUCCCCGCCGCCCCCCACCAUCAAAACCCCCAAACCACCAGACCCAACCCGCCGAUCUUUGUAACCUCUGAAGGUGGGUGCCACCUCGGAGCAGCUGCCGUCGGUUUCCAGCAACACCCCGGGACCGUCACCCUAAAAAGUGACCGCCUUCAGGACUCGGCUGCCGGGGUUUCAUUUGGGGGGAAAACGAUACCCGGCUUCCGUUUUUAAGAAACCGAAAGAAGUUCCCGGCGGGGCCGGGAGGAUUCAUAGUUAGGCGUCUCUUGAAUUUUUGUUCCUUAACAGGGUGACGGACACGUGACUGGGGCUUGGGGGCUCGGAGUUUCUGCAGUAACGGGUUUCCGAAACGACUCUGGUGGGCCGUGUGUAUCGUUUUCCCGAGAUACCUGUCUGCGCGCAGCCGGUGGGUCAUCUUAGACGGGAAACGGGUUGGAACCUAAAGGAGGAGCCCGGGGAAAUUGCCAAAGCCCUUUCGCAAAAUCCACGAGCCACACGGGCUACCUCUCCCGAGGCUUCAUGAUGUCCUUCGUCGUUUGAGCUGGCCGAGUCCUGAGCCGGCUCAAAACGGGCCAGGGGGCGGAGGGCGAUGAUCACUGACGUGCCUUUGGAGAAGAGUUGUGCUGUUCGUUGUGGCGGUGGGCCCCCGGGCUCCGGGCCAGUGAGCCGGCUUUUUUUUUUCAUUCAUUUCAAUAUCUCCUCUGGUGAUGAUGAUUUCCCCUCAGCUUCGCUUUCCGUAAGCCCAGGCAACCGGCACCGCAAAGGCUGUGAUCCGUGACCCGGGCUCUCUCAGUCAAUCCAUCAGCCAAUCAGUGGUAUUAAAUGAAUGCUUUACU